GUCUGAGAUCCCGCGUAGACAGUUACAUUUUUCUUUUCCCUCUUCUAGCAGCCUGAUUCCUUUUUUUUGCCGUCUUCCCGUUGGUGCUUCUUGCCUCGCAGUUUCUUCCUAUAUUUUUAUAGCAGUUGCAGCUGGUUCUCACUUGCCCCCUUAGACGCUUCUCUUUUUUUCUUGUUGGAGAUGGAAAUUAACGGAUAUGAUCACCCCUUUCUUCUAGUGUUUACUAUGUCUCUCACCCUUAUGAUCAUCUUUCCUGUUCACGCCCAAUUUUGCGUUUCAUACGUGCUUCUGCUACGAGCCUUCUAUACCCCUGUGCUCGUAGUUCUAGGACAACCAUGAUACAAGGCUAAGAUGUGUAUGAGACGAGGCAAAAGAUUUUACACAU